AUGAUUUCAAGAAACAGAGCUCUCAUAUGUCACAGUUGCUGGGUGAGAGCUGAUAGAAACGCCCAUCAUUUUGUAUCAGCACCUUCUGGAUCCUCAACAUCAGUAUAUGAAACAAGUGAACAAGAGGAAUUGACUUUGCAGUCUACUUCACAGGCUACUUUGCAGUCUACUUCACAGGAUACUUUGCAGUCUACUUCAGAGGAUACUUUGCAGUCUACUUCACAGGCUACUUUGCAGUCUACUUCACAGGAUACUUUGCAGUCUACUUCACAGGAUACUUUGCAGUCUACUUCACAGGAUACUUUGCAGUCUACUUCACAGGCUACUUUGCAGUCUACUUCACAGGAUACUUUGCAGUCUACUUCACAGGAUACUUUGCAGUCUACUUCACAGGCUACUUUGCAGUCUACUUCACAGGAUACUUUGCAGUGUACUUCACAGGAUACUUUGCAGUCUACUUCACAGGCUACUUUGCAGUCUACUUCACAGGAUACUUUGCAGUCUACUACAGGAUCUUUACUUCACAGGACCUACUUUGCAGUCUACUUCACAGGAUACUUUGCAGUCUACUUCACAGGCUACUUUGCAGUCUACUUCACAGGAUACUUUGCAGUCUACUUCACAGGAUACUUUGCAGUCUACUACACAGGCUACUUUGCAGUCUACUUCACAGGAUACUUUGCAGUCUACUUCACAGGAUACUUUGCAGUCUACUUCACAGGCUACUUCAGAAGCUACACCCAGUCUGAGUGA